AUGGCUGCCACAUUAUUUAACCAGAACAAACACCUGAAGACGGUCAACAUGUUUCGCAAUUCCUUUAAGCUUUUUGGUAACCAAAUUAGAAACCUCUCUACUCAGACACGCCAGGCUCUUGAGCAGGCUGUCAAAGAGGAUCCCGUCGUUUUGUUCAUGAAGGGAACUCCCAACCAACCUAUGUGUGGAUUCUCUUUACGCUCCAUUCAAGUCCUGUCCUUAGAAAAUGUUGCUACCGACAAAUUAGCCACAUACAAUGUGUUGAGCAAUGAAGAAUUGCGCGAUGGAAUUAAGGAAUUCAGUGACUGGCCUACCAUCCCACAACUCUAUAUCAACGGCGAAUUUGUUGGCGGUUGUGAUAUCCUCAUGUCUUUGCACAAGUCUGGCGAACUUCAUAAAAUGUUGAAAGAGAUUAAUGCUUUAGCGCCGACAAAGCCUGAAGGCGAUGUCGCCAACUAAACAAAAAAGACCUUGCAAUGAUGAUUAGAUCAUAGCUAACACAGCAAAUCCUCCUUUUUACAGGGUGUUAAAAGUUUUCAAUGUUUAUGUUUGGUCUUUUUGUGCGAGUUUGCUAAAAAAUAUUUCAUGGGUUACCUUAAACAAUAAAAAUAACAAGAUAACGCUGGCUGAUCUAGCAGAGUUACAAAACGUGUGCUUAAUGAUAUAAAUAUAUAAUGAAUUUGGGUCUAUGCAAGAAACUGGUCUGCUUUUUGCUAAAAGAAUACACUGAAAGGUCAUUUGUAAUCCAUA